GCAAAGGAUUUUGUUGAAAUUGAUGACAUUUUGGAUACAGUAACAGGGUCUGAUAGCCAAUGUGAUGUUUUGUCGUCUGGAGAUGAGUUGGAUGAUGAUAUGGUGAUGACGAUUGGGAGUUGGAUAAUGUUCAAGGUGGUUGUCGUGGCGAUUAUGGUGAUGAUUCAGGCAUUAGUGGUGGUGAGGAUGGUGACGACAAUGGAAUUGUUAGUGGUGAUGGUAAUGAUGACAAUGAUGAUGACAAUGAUGAUAAUGUACCUCUGGCCUGUCGAAAGAAAAGCGAGUCAAAGUAUAAGUUUGAAAAGUGA